AUGUCUGUCUUUAAUGACUCUGCCCUGUACCCUCACUUCCUACUGACAGGCUUCUCAGGCCUUGAAAACAGAUAUGGCUUGAUUUCUCUUCCUUUAUUCUUGGUUUAUGGCACUUCAGUUGCAGGGAACAUUACUAUCCUCUUUAUAAUAAGGACUGAGACUUUACUCCACCAACCAAUGUACUACUUUCUAUCCAUGCUGGCGCUCACUGACUUGGGUCUAUCCACCACUACCUUGCCCACUAUGUUGAGCGUCUUUUGGUUUCAUGCCCGGGAUAUCCCUUUCAAUGCUUGCCUGGUCCAGAUGUACUUCAUUCAUGUUUUUUCAAUAAUUGAGUCUGCUGUGCUAUUGGCCAUGGCCUUUGACCGCUUUGUAGCAAUCCGAGAGCCUCUGCGCUAUGCAACCAUUCUAACCCAUGGCGUGAUCACUGGGAUUGGGUUGGCAAUUGCAGGAAGGGCCUUGACCCUGGUCUUUCCAGCUUCCUUCCUCCUGAAGAGGCUUCAAUAUCAUGCUGUCAAUAUUCUUUCCUACCCCUUCUGCUUGCAUCAGGUUAAGACAACUGUAUCCAGUCGCCGAGUCAGCAGCAUCUAUGGUCUCAUGGUGGUCAUCUGCUCCAUGGGACUUGAUUCAGUGCUCCUUCUCCUCUCCUAUCUCCUCAUCCUGAGCACAGUGUUGAGUAUUGCCUCCAAGGCAGAGAGAGUGAAAGCCCUCAACACCUGCAUUUCCCAUAUCUGUGCUGUACUCACUUUCUACACACCAAUGAUUGGGCUAUCUAUGAUCCGUCGCUAUGGGCAAAAUGCUUCUCCAAUUAUCCAUGUGCUCAUGGCCAAUGUAUACUUGCUGGUUCCACCUCUCAUGAACCCCAUUGUCUACAGUGUCAAGACCAAGCAGAUUCGUGACAGAAUCCUCAAGAAAUUCAAGAAACAAAAAGUUUAG